AAAAUUGUGUUUACAUUUCAAAUGUUUUGGAUUUUAAGUCAAAAAUUUUUGAUGAAAUUAUGUUUGAAAUGAUUUAAUGACAAGACAUGAAUCAAAGUAAUGAUAAUAUAAGACAUACAAGACUUGGAAGACAUAAAACACAAGACAUGAGUGUUACGAUUGAUGUGAACGACGUGUUUGAAGAAGUGGUUAAACAAAAUGAAAGACUUGUCAAAGAAAUUGAAUUUUAUGAAGAAGUGGUCAACGAUUUGAUAACAAAUGUUAAGAAAUGUAUUGUUUGUCAACAAAAUGAUGUCAUAAAAGACAGAAUCAGUGAAUUGGAGACACAAUUGAAGAGUAAGACAAUUGAUAACUCAACUGAUGUUAAGAGUGAUGAUAAAGACUGUGAUAAAAAUGUAAAAACAAAAGGUUUACAAAAGUUGAAGAAAACAACUAAAAGAUGUAUUAAAAAGUUUGCAGAUUCUGUUACCAGUGAUGACGACAACGACUCAGAUAGAAGUCGGACAACAAAUGUAAAGAUAAAGACAUUUAUGAAAACUAAGAAAAAUCUAAAGAUUGCUUUCAAGAGAAACGAAAAAAUUAUAUUAAGAGAUGUCAAUGAAGUUGAAGACAAUAAAAGCAAAACAAUUAAAAUUGUAAAACACAUGAAAUCAAAGAAAGCAAUGAAACGAUGUGUUAAAGACCAUACAGAUAGUGAUAGUUAUAAAUCAUAUGAUAUGACUGAUGACUAUGACAUCGAUGACAAUAGCAAAAGAAAUGUUAAGACAUUGAAGAAAAAAGAGAAAAUCAUUCAAAAAGAUGUCGACGAUGUAACAGAUGGUAACAGUAAUAGACAGACAGUUAAAAAAGUGAAACAAAUGAAACCAUAUAGUGAUGAAUAUGAAGAAAAAAGACAGAAAUUAAAAGAUGAUACACUUACCAGUGAUGGCAGCAAUCAGUGCCAGACAUGUGAUUAUAAAAGCAUUAAAUUUAUAGAUUUUGAGACACAUAUCAACCGAUAUCAUCUAAACAUUAAGCCAUAUAAGUGUCACAUUUGUGGCCAACAUUUUGUUGGUUACGACACUUUAAGACGACAUAAGGGUCUCAAACACUUUUAUGUUGGCCAAGCUUUGGAUCAAUUAAGUGAUAAACGAAAAUCUCAAAUCGCCCAAACUUUAUCGAAAUUUCAGUGUCAAUAUUGUCAAAAAUUUAUACACUGCGAGUCAGAUCUCAAACAACACGUGGCGCGCGUGCAUCACAACGUAAAAUCGUCUAAAACUAUUUCAUGCGAUUUGUGUGAAAAAUUUUAUAGUAAUAGGUCUUCACUUAUCAAACAUAAACGUUUUUAUCACUGCAUCGGAAAAACAUUACCGAUAUUUUACUGCGAUUGGGAGGGCUGUCAAUAUAAAUCAGAUAAUUUGACAUUACUUGGAGUGCAUAAAAAAAGACAUUUAGGUAUCCGUGACUAUGUGUGUGAUUGGCCCGGAUGUGAGUUUCGAGCAGUGGCUAUAAGUGAUAUCACUAGACAUAAGCUCAUUCAUAGCGAUAAUUAUGACUAUCGGUGCCAAUCAAUCGGUUGUGAGUUUCGCACUAAAAUUAAAUAUAAUUUAAAGAAACACAUGGAUAGUAUUCAUAAGGACAUACCCCACACAUUGGUGUGUCAUUGGCCCGGAUGUGAUAAAACGUUUAGAUUUACCCAUAAUUUGACAAAACAUAUGACUCUACAUAACAAACCACAUCUGCCGUGUCCUCACUGUAACAAACUGUUUACGACUAAGAGGUAUUUGGGUCUUCAUAUGGCAACACAUACGGGAAGUCUACGUGUGAUGUGUCCGAUAAAGGGAUGUAAUAUAGAAAUAUCAUCAAAAAAUAAUAUCAGACAUCAUAUGAGAGUACAUCACAAGGACUGUACCGGCAAUUAGUUAUUUGCUAUUAUUAUUGUAUAUAAUAUAGUGUAAGAAAAAUAAAAAAAUUUCUAAAUAAUUAAAUUACAUUAUUCGGUAGUUUUUUGUUAACUUUGUAUUUAUUACUUACUUGUAUUUGACACUUGGAUUUGUAAUAAUAAAUUUAUA